GAUUUACGGCCAAGUCAUUCCUCCAAGUUUCAUCUAAAGUUUCAAGCGUUCCCUUAAUCGUUUAUAAAACGAACAGCUUAUCGGCAACAAUUGCAGAAUUACAAAAUGGCAGAUAUCAAGAAAGCGUUUCCUGACAAUAGAUUGAAAGAUUUGCAAUCCGCCUUCUUAAUUUUUGAUCAAAAUAAGGAUGGAAAAAUUACCAAAGACGAGUUGCAAUCGGUCUUGGAGGAGGCUGGUGCUGACUUUACAACAAAUCAGAUUGAAACCUUCAUGAAGAGAGUAGACGCGGAUGGCAAUGGGUCGAUUGAUUAUCACGAGUUUUGCUCUAUAAUGAAGGAUAUUGUCAGUACUGCUGAUCAAGUAGAAACGAAGUUUGAUGCCGCUUUUCAUGCAAUGGAUCUAGACGGCGAUGGUAAAAUUAGUCAAUCGGAACUCCAACAAGCAGUUCGCGAAUUGGGGGAUGAACUGAGCGAUCAAGAGGCUUUGGAAAUUAUUAAAACAGUCGAUAAGGACGGUGACGGUCACAUUAAUUACGAAGGUUAG